GUAAUAUACAUGAAUUUCUAUGAUAAUGGCAAAUGUCUAUACAAUAAAGAAGAGAUGCAGACAUGCUAUCUAUUAAUGUUAUGCAACAUGGAAAUACAUUCUGUAUAGUUAGCUUGAUAAUUUAAACUGAAAUUGAAGACACUUGGUUUAGAAAAAGACUGUACUUGGUACAGCUGUUAUACAGCUUGUAUAAUUCUGAGCUAACAGUUCCUCGAAUACUUUUAAGCACAUAAGUUGUAAUUAUUAUACUGUUAAAUAUAAAGUAAUAGAUUUAAGUACAGUUAUAUAUUCUGAGUUUUUUCUUUUGAUUAAAAAUGGAAAUGUCAGAGAAGGAAUUAUCAGAGUCAAAACAGGAUUUAAAGAUUAGCCUUGAGGCAUCAAAUAAUGCCUUUCACGGCCCGAGAACAAAAUUAGAUACUAAAUCUGGGGCUUUAAAGAAGUCUAGUCGCUAUCGCAGCCGUUCCUUAUCUGCUAGCAGCACUGACAGUUACAGUUCUGCAUCUUAUACAGGAAGUUCAUCAGAUGAAGAUGAUGUCUCACCACGUGAGAAGAUUCAAAAGACAGAAAAAGGCUUUACUGACUUCUGCGUGCGGAAUAUCAAUCAACAUGCCUUUGGGCGCAGAGAAAUUGAAAUUGCAGAACAAGAAAUGCCAGGAAUCAUGGCACUUCGUAAGCGUGCAGCGGAUGAUAGGCCAUUGAAGAAUGCUAAAAUUGUGGGAUGUACUCAUAUCAAUGCCCAGACAGCAGUUUUGAUUGAAACUUUAGUAGAACUUGGAGCACAAGUACGAUGGGCUGCAUGUAAUAUUUAUUCUACACAAAAUGAAGUAGCAGCUGCUUUAGCUCAUACUGGAUAUCCAAUUUUUGCUUGGCGAGGUGAAACAGAAGAGGAUUUUUGGUGGUGUAUUGAUAAGUGUGUUGCAGCUGAAAAUUGGCAACCAAAUAUGAUAUUGGAUGAUGGAGGAGAUGCAACACAUUUGAUGCUUAAAAAAUACAAUGCAAUGUUUAAAAUGAUUCAAGGUAUUGUUGAAGAGAGUGUUACAGGCGUUCAUAGAUUGUACCAAUUGUCCAAGGCCGGCAAAUUAUCCGUCCCUGCAAUGAAUGUAAAUGAUAGUGUUACAAAGACCAAAUUUGAUAAUCUCUAUAGUUGCCGGGAAAGUAUUAUUGAUAGUUUAAAGAGAUCCACAGACGUUAUGUUUGGAGGAAAACAAGUUGUAAUUUGUGGUUAUGGAGAAGUUGGCAAAGGAUGUUGUCAAGCUCUUAAAGGAUUGGGUUGUAUUGUAUACAUUACUGAAAUUGAUCCAAUUUGUGCAUUACAAGCUAGUAUGGAUGGCUUUAGAGUAAUGAAGCUAAAUGAAGUGAUUAGAAAUGUGGAUAUUGUUAUUACUGCCACAGGCAAUAAAAAUGUAGUUACUCGGGAACACAUGGAUAAGAUGAAAAAUGGAUGUGUAGUAUGCAAUAUGGGACAUAGUAAUACAGAAAUAGAUAUUAACAGUUUACGCACUCCUGAUUUAACUUGGGAAAAAGUAAGAUCUCAAGUGGACCAUGUAAUCUGGCCAGAUGGAAAGCGUAUCGUCCUCCUAGCGGAAGGUCGUUUGGUCAACUUGUCUUGUUCCAGCAUUCCUUCUUUUGUAGUCUCCAUUACAGCUGCUACACAAGCACUGGCCCUCAUCGAACUGUUUAAUGCUCCGCCAGGCCGUUACAAGAGUGAUGUUUAUUUACUUCCUAAAAAAAUGGAUGAAUACGUCGCUUCGUUACAUUUACCAACAUUUGAUGCACAUUUAACAGAAUUGACAGAUGAGCAAGCAAAAUACAUGGGUCUGAAUAAGGCUGGACCUUUUAAGCCCAGUUAUUACCGCUACUAAAAGUGAAUUAAACAUUUCUCUUUGGAACAUACGUGCAGUAUUUAAGAAAUUAGAUUUGAAGUUACUGAAGCUAUCUACUUUCAUUAUUGUUUUGUUUUGCUUAAUUUAAUAUGAACGUGCAUGUCGUUUAGUAAUGAAUGCACUAUUGUGUAGAUUUUUCGUUAAAAAUUUACAGAUAUUUUCAAUGUAUAUUGUAAAAUUGUUUUACAGCUGUAAGUUCCGAAGAUCUAAUGUUAUCGGAAUUUUUACAACUCUGUCAACAUUUCCAAUACAUAAUCGGAUCAUUUUUACUAUUUAUUUUAACUAGUAAUGCAGUGAAAAUCAUUAUUAAAAUAACGAAUAAACGAUUUAAAAUGAUUUUUUAGAGAUAUAAUUUUAAAAGCAAUUUACUUUCUUCGAUUGAUAUUGUAAAAAGAAUCGAAAUAAAAUUAAGUAUAUCAGAUGAAUUAAGAUCUUUGAAUUAAUAAUAUUAGAAAGCCCUUCAUUUGAAUAUUGAUAAACUUUACUGAAUUCAUAAUUUUAAUUGUUAAAUUCUUGUAAAAAAAUAUAACAUUACUUUCAUAUAUAGAAAAUAGUUAACAGAGCUGAAGUAUUACUAUAAACGAUUUUGAAGAUAUUAAUGCAUUUUUUAAUUCAUAAUUGAAGGGUUAAUAUAUAACAAAAGAUUAUAUUUAAUACAUUGACCAUUUUUAUCGUUUGUUCUUGAAUUAUUUUCUUAUUAUAUACAUAUUUUAAAUUCAAUAAGGUGAUUAAAAAAUAAUAUUAAAUUAUUAAACGAAAAUGUCAAACAUGUUCUUAUAUACAAUUGUCCAUUAUUAGAAUUUGUAAAAAUAGAAUAGCAAAAUUUUUCCGAUAUGUUUUAGAAAACAAUAUUAUUUAAUAGAAUAACGUGCUUUAAAUCAGCCAGAAAAAAAAAAUGUAACAUAUAAUAUGCAAUAUUACUAUCAGUUUAUACAUGCACAUCAUACAUGGUACAUUAUUCUAUAUGUAAGUAAUAAUGUGUCAUGAUAAAUGUAUUUAAAAAAUAUUAUCCACAAUACUAUUAAUCUAAUGAUUGAUGUACACCUCAUUUAUGCAACAAUAUAAUUUUUCAUUAUUUAUGUUAUAAUUCUAUACAAUUUCACGUAAAAUUUAAUAGAAAUAAGAACUAAAGGAUCGAUAUACAAUGCAAUAACAAGAUAAUUAUAAAUAUGAUUAUUGAACAUAUGGGUAUCAGUGUUCCUAGAAUAUUAUAGAAUGGCCUAAGCCUACUAUGGAAUUAUGUGAUGUGCAAAUAAAUUUUUAUACGCGCAUAAAUACAAUGACAAAUAAUAACAACUUGCGCAAUAAAUUAAAAAUUAUGUACUCAUUUAUUCUUUGCCAAAAAUCUGAAUAGGAAGAUAUAUUGAUCAUUAGGUGAUGAAGUGGAAAAUUUAGUAUGUUAUAUUAAUAUUAUAGCAAAUUAAAAACAAUAAUAUAUAAUAUAGUUAAUAAUGAGUAAAGUCUUAAAAUUGAUGAUUGAUUUUAAUUAAAGACAAAAAAUAACAAGUAACAUAAUAUUAUGUUCACCACAAUAGGAAAGGGACAAAAGUAUCUUACAUAUAGAUGUAUGUAUGAACACAUUGUAAAAUAUAGAAUAAAAUAAUAGUUGCUAAUCAUCUCAAUAUUAUAAUAUAUACCAAAAAAUAAUAGAAUAUAAAAAUAUAACAUAAAAUAUAAAAUAUAGAUUUACAGUAUUUCAGCAAUACUACUAAGCAAGACAGCAUCUGUGAUUACGUUUUUGACAAUAGACAUUUAGAAUCAUGCAGUAGAAAUAUAUACUUUAAAAUUAUUAGAUAUCCUGAUUAUAGUAACUUUAUGGAUAUUUUUGUAAUAUUUACUCCAUCAAUAAAACAUGUAAAAUAUUACCUUGAAUGGAUACGUAUUAUUAUAAUACGUACAUUUGAAAUGUUAAAGAAAUGAUGUAGAUAAAAAUUUUGCUUGUUUCUAAAUUAUACAAAUAUAUACACACAAAUUGUUACUUUAUUAGGUAAUCAAUAUGUAGUCAAAAACAAAAACGUAAUGUUCAAAUAUAAUAGUUAAUAUAUUUCAGCAUAAUCAUUAUAAAGUAACUGUUUUCGAAGCACAUAUUGACAGCAUUCUUCAAAGAUAAGUUACAAGAUUUCUUGUAAAUAUUUAAAACGAUUCCUGUACGAGUAUUGAAAAUAAAGUAACUUUGGAAUAUACACACUAAAAGAACAUAAAAUGGCAAGUUUUUACGGCAUGGCAUACAGACAAUGGCAUAAUUGUUAUUUCGUAGUAAGUUAAACUAAACGUAACCACAAUCUAUGUAAUAAGAAAUAAAUAAUAAAACCAAAAAAGUAGUAAAAAUA